UACUUAGCUUCCGCAACAGGAAAUUAACCCAGAAUCGCUUUGUGUCAGCGCUGUCUGAGUCAAUCCUCAGUUGUUCUAAAAAGCCGUUAUUUGUCUGUUUUUGUGAAAAAUGUCGGGGGCAUCAAACCUUGUUGCGAUGAAGAAGAUUGUUCAACAACUGCGAUUUGAAGCGAGCAUCAACAGGGUGAAGGUAUCGCAGGCGGCAGCAGACCUCCAACAGUUCUGCAUGCAGAACGCCCUACAGGACCCGCUGCUCACCGGUGUAUCUUCAAGCACCAACCCCUUCAGACCACAGAAGGUGUGCUCUUUCUUGUGAGACCACACUAGAGAAUUUGCCAAAGGCUUUCCUUCCAUCACGGACAGAACUGUUAGUGGAUAACUGUUGUCCCCAGAUGAAAUGCCAACAACACAGUACAGAGACUGCACAUAUGUAGAGAAAAAGAAGAAAACAAAUCUGAUUGCCUGAAAGUCGCAAAACAAUGACUUAAUGGCCUUCAUUUCUGUCUGAAUCCCUAACCAGUUUUACAUGAUUCAUAACAUAACUUGAAAUAACCACCAGGGAUUGUUAGAUACUGCCUUAAAAGUGAGCAAUAUGCUAGAACAAGGGAGCAAACUUGUUAAAUUUUAGUGGCACAAGCAGUGUCUUAACUUAUUGUGCCUUUUUUUGUACUUUUCAUCUUUUUUUUUUUUAACUAAUAAAUCUUUCUUGUUAUUCAUGUUA